AGGGUGGUCCCCAGGAAAGGGGGAGGUUCCCUGCCCCACCCAAGGGAGGGUGGAGCUGAGCAGGAAGAGGAGAAGCUGCAGAAGAGACGGAGGAAGGAAGCAGGAUGGAGAAGGAGACCUGGAGGAGGCACAUGGAGCCUAGAGACACGUCUGCCAUUUUCAUUAACAAUACCAAGGAUAUUAAGGAUAUUUGCUACUUAAUAAUUUCCAGUUCAGAAGACACAAUGAUUUUAGAGCAGAUGUCACAGUUAAUUUUGAAUGAAAUGCUGGGAGCUGAAUAUUCCAGUUUAUUCAAUGAUUUUGUCGAAUCUGAAUUUUUCCUGGUUGAUGGCGAUGCAUUACUUAUCUCAUGCAUAUGUGAUAAAUCAUUAAAACCGGGACAGGAACUGCACUUCUUCUAUCUGGUUGAACACUACCUUGUGGAUCUUACUAGAAAAGGAGGACAAUUUGCUAUAGUUUUUUUCCAGGAUGCUGAGUUUGCAUAUUUCAGUGUCCCUGAACUUCUUUCUUUGAGAACUGCUUUAAUUCUACAUCUUCAGCAUAAUACCAAUAUUGAUAUACGAACAGAAUUUUCUGGAUGCUUGUCACAAGAGUGGAAAAUUUUCUUGGAAGAGAGUUGCCCAUAUUUUGUGAUAGUUGCAGAUGUAGGUCUGAACCAACUACAAACACACCUUUUCAACUUUUUAAUCAUUCAUUCUUGGUCAAUGAAGAUCAAUGCUGUGCUUUCCUAUGGACAAGAAUCUGAUAUUCUUCGUCUUUAUGCAUACCUUAUGCCAAGCCUGCAUAGAAACCAGAUAUUUUACAAGGAGAAGAAAAUGGUGAUUGAAAAUGCUUAUCAUGCCCUGAUUAAACAAAUGAAGCACCGUAGAGUUUCAGCAUUAGAAUGCCUUUCUGGAAGUUUGAAAUGGGAAAAUAUGAUGGAAAAGGCCUGUGAAACUAUGUCUCUGCUUGAUCAACUCUGGCCUGAAGGAUCUGAUAUUCGGCGUGUUCUUUGCGCUACUGCUUGCUCCUUGUCUUUGGAAAUGUACCAGCAGUCUUUAGAAAACAAAAAGGAGACUGACUCUGAUCAGAAAAUUGACAUCACACAGGUGGAAAGUAAUUGUGUGUCCCUGCAAGAUAUGGAAGAUUUGUGUAAACUGCAUUGUCUCAGUGUGGUUCUUUUAAUCCACUUGCCUCUUUCUCAAAGAGCUUGUUCUAGAGUCAUCACUUCCCACUGGAAUAAGGACAUUCGCAUUUUCUUAAAAAUGAAAAAGUGGUGUGAAUAUUUCAUCCUGACUAAUAUAAACAAAUCAAAAUCAUGGGAUCUGAAUUUAACUCACCUUUCUGACUUAAGUGAUGACCUUUUGUUGAAGAAUAUUGCUUUUUAUUAUGAAGAUGAAAGUGUUCAAGGCCUGAAUUUGAAUUUGGGUCGUGCCAUUAUGAAUGACUAUGAACAUCUCUGGAGCACUGUAUCAAAAUUGGUCACUAAGUUUGAUGUUGGAAAGCCAUUUCCUCUAAGAACAACACAACUUCCUUUCCUUAAAAAGAAACCAUCACCAGUCAAAGAUACCUCCAUGGAAAAGAUUCCUAAUUUAGGCUUCAUUCCAAUGUCCUGUGAGGUGGUUGAUGAAUUUGUUGGAGACAUUUUGAAAGACUUGCCUUUCCUAAAGAGUGAUGAUCCUAUUGUAACAUCACUGGUUAAACAAAAGGAAUUUGAUGAACUUGUACACUGGCAUUCUCACAGACCCCUUAGUGACCAUUAUGAGAGGACCAAGUGUAAUUUUGAAGAAAAAUCUGGAAAUUCUUAUGCUAUGAAAUCCUACCAAAAAUACCAUGCUUAUCAACGAUUUUAUGGAAGUUCAUUAGAAUCAGUUAUCAAAAUUAUUGUAACCCAGGCUGUCAAGACAAAGAAUUUCAGUGAACAGAAGAGUAAAAAGACAAAUGAGACCAAGGCUGAUAUAAUUAUUAGAGAGAAUAAGAAGAAGUUACUUGCCAAGGAAGAACAAAAAGAACAGCAAAAAUGGAAAGUUCUGUCACUUUCUAUUGAUGAGGAGUUGAAAGAGGAUUUAAAUUCUGGAACAAAGAAUCUGGAAGAUUUUUUGAAGUCAUGUAAAAGUACCUCAGUGAAAUUUAAAGUAGAAAUGGUAGGAUUAACUGCCUGCUUGAAAGCAUGGAAGGAACAUUGUCAAGGCGAAGGUAAAACAAGAAAAGAUUUAAAUAUAGCUGUUCAAAUGAUGAAAAGGAUCCAUUCUUUGAUGAAAAAAUACCCAGAAUUUCUGGAAGAGUCAGAUCAGCAAUUUAUAGCUAAAUGUCUUAUGUAUUUAGGAUUUGAAGAGUUGGCAAGUUCUUUAUCUCCAACUCAGGUUGCAGGUGAUGACAUACAGAAGAAAAGGAAUAAGUAUUCCCUUCACAUCGGACCAGCUCGGUUUCAGUUACAACACAUGGGUCGUCAUUUGAUACGAGAAGAGAGAAAAGAUCCAGACCACAGAGUUCAGGACUUUAUUCCUGACACAUGGCAGCGAGAGCUUCUUGAUGUUGUGGAUAAUAAUGAGUCAGCGGUGAUUGUUGCCCCCACAUCCUCAGGAAAAACCUAUGCUUCCUACUACUGCAUGGAAAAGGUGUUGAAAGAAAGCAAUGAAGGUGUGGUUGUGUAUGUUGCACCGACAAAGGCCCUUGUUAACCAAGUGUCAGCAACAGUUCAAAAUCGAUUUACCAAAACUCUACCUAAUGGUGAAGCUCUGUGUGGUGUCUUUACAAGGGAGUAUCGUCAUGACGCUCUAAACUCUCAGGUACUUGUUACAGUUCCUGCCUGCUUGGAAAUUCUGCUGUUGAGUCCUCAUCGCCAAGCAUGGGUGAAAAGGAUCAGAUAUGUUAUAUUUGAUGAGGUCCAUUGCCUUGGUGGAGAAAUUGGAGCAGAAGUCUGGGAGCAUCUCCUAGUCAUGAUCCGAUGUCCCUUUUUGGCUCUUUCGGCCACCAUCAGCAACCCCGAACAUCUCACUCAGUGGCUCCAAUCAGUAAAAUGGUACUGGAAAGAAGCAGACAACACAAUGAGGAAAAAUAUCGCUCCUAAAAGAAUUGCUGGCUCUUGCGCCAGUUCCUACAAAGACAACUUGGAAAUAAAGCAGUCAUACAAAGUUAGACUUGUGCUUUACGGAGAGAGAUACAAUGAUUUAGAGAAAUACGUAUGUUCAGUAGAACAUAAUGACAUUGGCUUUAAACAUUACCACCCAUGUGCUGCAUUAACAACAGAUCAUAUCGAAAAGUAUGGAUUCCCUUCUGAUCUUGCUCUUUCACCUCGAGAAAGCAUACAGCUUUAUGACACUAUGUUGAAAUCCUGGGAAAGUUGGCCCAGAGCCCAGGAAUUGUGUCCAGAGAAUUUCAUUCAUUUUAAGAAUAAAAUAGUCAUUAAAAAGUUGGAUGCUAGAAAAUAUGAAGAGACUUUAAAGGCAGAAUUAACAAAUUGGAUUAAAAAUGGCAAUGCAGAAGAGGCCAAAAUGGUCUUGAGGAGACUUAAACCUGAUGGAAUUUCAAGUUCAGGAAACAUGUUAACAAUGUUUCCACUUCUUGUUGAAAAGCUAAGGAAAAUGGGGAAGUUGCCUGCACUAUUUUUUUUAUUCAAGUUAGGAGCUGUAGAAAAAUGUGCUCAAGAUGCAUGCCUUUACCUGCAGCAAAAGCAAGAGCAAAAAAGGCCUCCCAAAGCAGAUAAAGAAGCCCAUGACAUUAGUAACAAACUUCGGAAAGUUAAAAAAUCUAUUGAGAAACAAAAGGUGAUAGAGGAAAAAAGCCAGAAAAAGCCCAGAAAUACAGAUCAAAGCCUAGUACAUGAAGCUGAAUACAGCAGUCUACUCAAGAGUCUAGAGAAGAACCUAGGAAUCCCUCUGGACUGCACAUUUGCUGAUCCAAAAGCAAUAGACGAUGAGUCUUUGCAGAUGGUGUUCAAUCGAGUCCGUUCUUCAAGAAAAGGUGAAGAACUCAAGACUUUGGCAAUGAGGGGCAUUGGAUAUCAUCACAGGGCUAUGAGUAACAAAGAAAAACAGUUAGUGGAGAUUCUCUUUAGGAAAGGAUUUAUUAGGGUGGUAACAGCUACUGGGACUCUUGCUUUAGGAAUCAACAUGCCUUGUAAAUCUGUGGUUUUUGCUCAAAACUCAGUCUAUUUGGAUGCUUUAAAUUACAGACAGAUGUCUGGACGUGCUGGAAGACGGGGCCAAGACCUGCUGGGAGAUGUAUAUUUCUUUGAUAUCCCAAUGCCGAAAAUAGGGAAACUCAUAAAAUCCAAAGUCCCUGAGCUGAGAGGGCAGUUCCCUUUCAGCAUAACCUUGGUGCUGAGACUCAUGCUGCUGGCUUCCAAGGGAGAUGACCCAGGGGACGCCAAGGCAAAGGUGCUGUCAGUGCUAAAGCACUCACUGCUGUCCUUCAAAAAGCCCAGGGCUGUGGAAAUGUUAAAGCUUUACUUUUUGUUUUCUUUGCAGUUCCUGAUAAAAGAGGGCUAUUUAGAUCAAGAAGGUCAUCCAACAGGGUUUGCGGGACUCGUAUCACAUUUGCAUUAUCACGAGCCUUCUAAUUUUGCUUUUGUCCAUUUUCUUGUAAGAGGCCUUUUCCAUGAUCUCUGUCAGCCAACCAGAAAAGGAUCAAAAUGUUUUUCUCAAGAUGUUAUGGAAAAGCUGUUGUUGGUAUUGGCACAUCUGUUUGGAAGAAGGUAUUUUCCAGCAAAUUUCCAAGAAGCUAAUAUCAAGUUUCAUCAAUCAAAGGUGUUCCUGGAAGACCUUCCUGAGGAUUUUGAUGCUGCUUUACGAGAGUAUAACAAGAACAUUUCAGAGGAUUUUGCCUCUUUCCUACGAAUUGUUUCCAAAUUGGCUGAUAUGAAACAGGAGUAUCAACUCCCAUUGUCGAAAAUAGAUUUCACAGGGGAAAAAUGUGAAGACUCCCAACUUGCAUCUCACCUGAUGAACUGCAAGGAAGGAAGAGUAGCUGUUUCUCCAUUUUUUUGUCUCUCGGGGAACUCUGAUAGUGAUUUGCUUCAACCAGGAACUCCAAACCAUGCCAUUGUGGACACAAUCAAUAUCAAUCAUAAUCAGGCUCCUAUGCUGAGUUCAAAGAAAUAUGAUUGCCAAGGAAGAAGAAUGCCUCUUAAUGCUUAUGCACUGGAUUUCUAUAGACAUGGUUCCCUGACAGGAUUAGUCCAGGACAACAGGAUGAAUGAAGGAGAAGCCUAUAACAUGUUGAAAGAUUUUGCACUCACCAUUAAAAGUAUCAGUGUUUCCUUGAGAGAGCUGUGUGAAAAUGAAGAAGACAAUGUGGUCUUAGCAUUUGAACAGCUGAGUGAAACCUUUUUUAAUAAAUUUAGUGUUGUCUAAAAACAAACAUCGGGCCUCCCUGGUGGCACAAAGGGUUAAGAUGCAACCGAUGAAGCGAUCCACAGCCUCUGCAGCAUGAUUUCGAUCCCCGGCCAGGGAGCUACCCACAUGGCACAGCAGACCUCUCCUGACUCACCCGUUGCUCCCCUCAGCAGUGUAUUUCAAUCAUCUGCCUGUUCUGUUCCCCAUCCUGUCUCUGGUGAAUCCUCACUCCUCACACCUCUGGCCUGUACCCCAGCUCUUGUAUGCAUAAGUAAAUAAAUC